CCCCUCGUGCGCCGAGACGUGAGGACGCUGGCGUGGUAGGCUGAGGUGGCAGUCCUCCUGCGGCCAUGGAGCUGCCGCAGAUGCCGGAGCUGAUGGGGCUAUCUCUGCUGGUGGGGCUGCUGGCCCUAGUGGCCACGGCGGCGGUGGCCCGGGGCUGGCUGCGGACCGAGGAGGACAAGGCCAGUCCGCCCGUCCGCCAAAAAGCAAACGAAUCCAAGAAGUCAGGAUCCAAGAAGCAGAAACAGAAUCAGCGGGUUCGCAAGGAGAAGCCUCAGCAACAUACCUUCACCCACCGCCUUCUGGCUGCAGCAUUAAAGAGCCAUAGUGGGAAUAUAUCUUGCAUGGACUUCAGUAGCAAUGGCAAGUAUCUGGCCACCUGUGCGGAUGACCGCACUGUCCGAAUCUGGAGCACCAAAGAUUUCCUUCAGCGGGAACAUCGCAGCAUGAGAGCCAAUGUGGAGCUGGACCAUGCCACCUUGGUGCGCUUCAGCCCAGACUGCAGAGCCUUCAUUGUUUGGUUGGCCAAUGGGGACACCCUCCGUGUCUUUAAGAUGACAAAACGAGAAGAUGGGAGCUUUACCUUCACAGCCACCCCAGAGGACUUCCCUAAAAAGCACAAAGCGCCUAUUGUCAACAUUGGCAUUGCUGACACAGGGAAGUUCAUCAUGACAGCCUCCAGUGAUACGACCGUUCUCAUCUGGAAUCUGAAAGGUCAGGUGCUGUCUACAAUCAACACCAACCAGAUGAACAACGCUCACGCUGUUAUCUCCCCAUGUAGCAGGUUUGUGGGUUCGUGUGGCUUCACCCCAGAUGUCAAGGUCUGGGAGAUCUGCUUUGGGAAGAAAGGAGAGUUCCAGGAGGUGCUGCGAGCCUUUGAAUUGAAGGGCCACUCUGCAUCUGUUCAUUUUUUCGCUUUCUCCAACGACUCUCGGAGGAUGGCCUCUGUCUCCAAGGAUGGCACAUGGAAGCUGUGGGACACAGAUGUGGAAUACAAGAAGCAGCAGGACCCCUACUUGCUAAGGACAGGCCGCUUUGAAGAGGCGUGUACCAUGCCUUGCCGCCUGGCGCUCUCCCCUGACACCCAUGUCCUGGCCUUGGCCUCUGGCACCAGUAUUCAUCUCUUCAACACGAGGCGUGGGGAGAAGGAGGAGUGCUUCGAGAGUGUCCACGGGGAAUGUAUUGCUGACUUGACUUUUGACAUCACUGGCCGCUUCCUGGCCUCCUGUGGGGACCGUGCAGUGCGGCUCUUCCACAACACCCCUGGCCACCGGGCUGUGGUUGAGGAGAUGCAGGGUCUCCUGAAGCGGGCAUCCAGUGAGAGCACCCGCCAGAGGCUGCAGCAACAGCUGACCCAGGCCCAGGAGGCCCUAAAGAGCCUGGGUGCCCUGAAGAAGUGACUCUGGCUCUGGAUGGAUCUGGCUGCCUGCCACCAUGGUUGCUACUCUAUUCCCAGCUGUCCCUGGGGUAGAGACCUGGAGGAACCUCCCAAUUUUCUUCCUGUUGGCCUCCACUUUUUCCCAUUGAAGCUAUUCUUGCAUACUUAGAUCUCUCUCUCUCUCUUUUUGUUUGACUCCUCCCAUACUGAAAGGUGCUGUUUUCUCACAAGCCCAAGGGUGGAGUCUAUCUUCACCCAGCACUGAGAAGAGGGGUAGAAAGAAGAGAGACAGAGAGAGCAAAGCCUUUUACUGUGUGGCAAAAGACCCUGACACCCAAUGAAGUUUGUGAGUGAAUGUCAAGGUAAAACCUGAGGGACACCAGAGAGUAAGGUACAGAAUGUGUUUUAUAAUGCUGCAAGGUGAGUCUCCACCUGGACCAGGCUCCUGUUACCAGUAAGAAAUAAUUAAGGGGUGGUGUUUGUGUUGGCCUAUAAACUAGGCAUUCUACAGGCAAAGGCAGGAGGAUCAGGGGUUCAAGUCCUGCUUGGACUACAUAGUGAAUUCCAGGACUUCCUGGGCUCCAUAUGGAGAGAGACCUUGACUAGAGAUUUUUUUGCUCCAGGCUUCAGUUUUCUUAUUUGUAAAAUGGGGAACGAUGCUCUCUGUGGCCUUCUUGAAAAGAUGUUGUAAGGCUAAGAGCAUUCCAAAGCUUUCACACAUGUAGCAUAACAGUGCUGUCCAACAUCAUUAUCUGUCAGGUAAAUUUUGGACUCAAACUGUGGUCUGAAACCCAGUCAGAAAGAAACACAGCCCUUGAGAGGGCCAGUCUUCUGAAACUAGGCUUGCUCAUUCAUCUUGGAUGCAUAUGGUGGUUUGGUUCAUGUGCCUUGAGAAGUAAUGCAAUCUUAACAUGGCAACUCCUCUAUUGGAGACCUCUUGGGCUCAUCACUUUGGUGUCUGCUUCAUAGAACCUAAAGACUGGUGACUGUGAAGUGCUUUUUGUUAAUUCACAGCUACAGGGGAUGUAGGCAUGGGGCUUGACAGUAAUGAAUUUAGGACUAUAAUGGGGAUGAAAUGUAAUAUAUCGAAUGAGAGAUUGGUCUCAGACAUAUGAAUUUGAAUACUGCUUGGAUCCAAGGAGUGUGGAAAAUGUCAGUGAUCUAGGAAGACUUGACUCUAGCAAAAAGUAUCCAUCCCAUUUAGUUUUGAUCUUUUGCUUAAAAGUAGGUCCUCUUCCAGCCAUCCUCAAUGCUACAGAUGUUGGAAUAAGGCACAACCCUGAAGUUGACCUUGAUGGCUGCCUUGUCGCCACCCUCUCCUUCCACCACCACCACUAUAUCCAGAUGCCCUGCAGCAUCUGCUGUCUCCCCAUCUCUUCUGUUACUAUCCUGGUCUUAGACACUGUAACGCACUAUAUGUAUAGUACUUCUCUUUCCAACCACAUUACUUCAAGUCACUCUUCUACAUAGUUUAGCCAGCUUUUGAAAAACAUAAAACAGGUUGUGCCAUUCCCCAGUUAAAAACCCUUCAGAGGCUUCUCUCUACUCUUAAGACUAAAAACCCUGAACUCUCUGUGCCUUGCGUAAUGUAGUGAAGUUUAGCCCCUCCUGUGGUCUUCUUUGGCAAAGGUCGCGUCCACCCCAUUCUUUCUGUUUCUUUACUAACCCAAGCAGUUCACAGGUUCCAGGUAUGGGCUGGUCCCUCUUGUUUGUUGCAAGCAUUUUUCCUUUCUGUUGGCAGACUUGUCAAUGUGAUUCAGUCCUUGGUAACUUUGAUUUCAAACAGUUGCCUCCUCAAACACUCCAUCCGAAGUAGCCCUUUCCACCAAUCCCGUCCUGUUGUUUACGUUGGUGCUUUUCUUUCUUUUGUAUGAAUUGAUGAUUUCUAAAACCAUCUUGUUUGAUGUGUAUUUGCUCCAGUGCCGUAACAAGGGCAGUCGUGUGUGUAGCAAAGGUAGGAAUUAGGUGGGUUGCCUGGCUGUGAGACGGGAGGAAAUGGUAGAGACUGCAGUGAGCUAGUAAGCAUGUGCCCUGAAUGCACAGUGGUUGGUAACUGCUAUGUAUUGUUUAAUCCCCCAAAGUUGCCAGUUUCAGAGAAGUUAGAUGUUAGCGCCUUACUCUGAAAUGAGGCACCAUUGUGAAUUGCACCUAACACUGAUAGGAAAAUCAGCUCACCAGUCUCAUUGGCUCUUAAGGAUUGUUCCUUGCUUUUCAUUUUGCAGGCCUGGGCAUGGAACCCAGAGCCUCCUGAAGGGUAGACAAUCAUUCCGCUGCUGAAUCAUGCCUCAGCCCUCACUAGGAGAGGCUAGACAGUGGCUCUCCUGCUCAGCCGCAGCCACAGCCCCUCACUGGGAGAUUCUAGGCAAAGGUUCUCCUUAGCCACAGCUACAGCCUCUCACUGGGCAAAUGUUCUGCUACUGAGCCUCCAGCACUAGUUUGUGAAUUGCUGAAGAAUGUAUUGGAACACGAGCUUCACAAAGACAGGACCCUUGUUUGCCUGCUUUGUUCUGGGUCCCAAGUCAAGACGCUGGGACAGAAUAAGCUCUCAAUAAAUAGAACUCAGACUAGAAGUAAUUGACAGAAAAAUUGAUAUUCUUUUGUUUUUCUGCACUCCACUCUCCACUGUGGAUUCAGGUUUCUGCUGAGAUCAGCCAUAUUGAGGCCUGUAUGGUCACACCCAGGUUUGGGUUUCUGAACACACAGCUUUGCCUCGUGCUGUAUGUGCAUGUGGGGUCUGGUAGAUGUCUCCUUUGGCUGUCAGAAGCAGUAUAAAAGGCUUUCACUUGCUUUUGAAUGUCUGUUUUGAGAAGUAACGGGUGUCAUGACUACGGAGGGAAGGUAGGGAAACCAAGAAUGCUGAGCCACUGAAGUCAGAAGUCUGUUCCAGAAUCAGCCAAGUCAGUGACGUGUGACCUGGAGUGGGGUGAUCACAGAGGCUGCCUGAGUUUGUCUCCUCAUCUGUAAAAUGGGAAUAAAUGCUGUCCUGUCUACCA